ACUGAAAACGAGCUGAGCGAGUGUCAGUACGUUUUUGUUGGAAUCACUGAGACACAACAGACCGAUCGUCCUUGGGCUUUUCUACACUCGCUCUACCCGACCCAAGUGGAAGGUACACCGACAUCGAUCGUCUCAGGGAGGGCUUCCAAAAUCCCUCCCAUCUACAAACGUCCAACAACCAGCAACAUUUCAGUUGAGGAAGGAGGUGUUCUUAACGUAUCAAAAUCAUGCAACCGUCAGCCGCUCCCGUUAUCUGUUUCUCGUGGCGUGAGAUCGCGGCCACUGGGCGAAGGCAUUGCCUCCUCUACAAAGGUAGAUACCAUACCUCUACUGAGCCCGACGAUGGAGUCCGAACUUUUGAAGGAGCCCUGGACAUCUCCGCACAAAAAGCCCGCAAGUCCAACGAAAGAAGAGGACACCGCGGCAUUUCCCGCUUGGGAAGAGGACUUUCAGGAUCUGAGCAGUUGGUGCAUGGACACGUUCCAGGCUCAAUGCGAUUUUCAUAUAGGUGAAUCGACUACGUUUAAACUGUCAGGUACGAAAUACGAGGGUAACGGCGUUUCGACUGUGGAAGAAGACGGAUUAUUAAAGGGUUUGAGGAGUAAGGUUGAUGAUGAGAAGUUGAAUUUGAAAAUGGAUACCGUUAAGACGAUGACCGGAGAGUCAAGUGAUAAUCACUUGUUGCUGUCUCCAACAGAACUGGUUAACAAAUAUGAAAAAGGGUACGGUAACGAGGAGAACUGUAUGUCCAGCUCGUGGUUAAUGUCACCCGAAUCUACAGCUUCUACAAGUACUUCGUCGAGUAAACAGUAUAACACAACCGACGUUAGCGCACCAUUUCAACAUGAAUAUCGCGUGAGCAAUGAUUAUGCUUGCCCAACCUCGUUUGAUUCCACCGCAAGCCAGCACGAAACAUGGGACGAGCUACCUACGAUCGAGACGAUUGGGUCGGAUACGUUCGACUUAUUGUCAUAUCUUUGCGACGACGAAAUGCGUUCGCCAGAGGGUAGCGUUUCUACUGAUUCCACGGCAAUGUUGAAACACAGGCCGCUUACAAUGUCGUCGCCAAUACUCACACCAACCUCCACGAAGGUGAAGACCGAGGAGACGAAUGCAUCGCCAAAGCCUCGAAGAAUGGAGACCCGUGCGACUUCGACGGUGACCUCGUCCUCUGUAGAAACUCCCACGACGUCAUCCCGGAGAUCGGAAAGAAAGUUGCUCGUCAAUAACAAAGAGAAAGAAAAAACCACUGUCAAAGCAAAGAAAGAAAAGAACGCAAAAAAGAGAUAUUACGAAAGCGAAUCUGAUGAGGAUAUUGCUCUCAUACAAUACAGAGAGUCCCGCGAGAAAAACAACGAGGCGUCACGGAAAUCGCGGAUGAACAAGAAAGUCAAGGAAUCGGAAAUGAGCGUAAGGGCGAUCCAAUUGGAGAAGGACAACAAGAUAUUGAAGAUGAAAGUUGAAGAGCUAGAGAAGCUCGUGACGUCAAUGCGCAACGCGCUACUACAAUCUGCUUUGAAAAAAGAGUUUUAAGUAUGCGUUAUUUCAUACUCCGACGUUCGCGAGAAAUAAUGUCGCGAGAAAUAAUCUAUUAACAAAAUACGUUAUACUUCUUUCGUCUGUUAUGCAUGCGCUGUUACGCAACGAUCCCUUGACGCGAUGAGGAAUCGCAUGACGUUUUAAUGCCGACUUGUUUGCCUUAAUUGUUGCAAUGCGAUGGUUAUAAAGGCGUCCUUAAGGCUUACUAUUAUUGUUACUUUGGUGUUGUUUCGUCGUGAGACGCGAUAGCCGUCUAUAGACAACUAUGUAUCUUUACACAACUUAAUUGUCCAGACUAAACUAUCCGUGGAAGAGAGAAGAAAUGAUAGACUAGUUGUACAUUGUUGCGAUGCGCGUUAAGAUGUUUGGCAACGUUUGGCUUGCUACAUGUCGAUACACGGGGAUUAUUGUAUAUUAAGCGAGAGUUUAUUUUGCUAUAACGAAAGAUACUGAGAUUAGAAUAUGUAUUUUAUGAAAUACACACAUACACACACAGAUACACACAUACGCAAAUAAAUAUAUGCUAUAUAUAUAUAUAAGUUAUAUUAUACUAUAUAUACUAUAUAUAUAUAUAUAUAUAUAUGUAUGUAUGUAUGUAUGUAUGUAUAUAUAUAUAUAUAUAUAUAUAUAUAUAUAUCAGAGAGGGUACUACACGAGUGGACAUACGAUUUUAAACGAUACAAUAUCGUAAUCGUAACAGAAUUUUAAUUGAUUCGAACAAAAUCGCAUAGUCACAUUUUGUUCAGCCUUGUAUUGUACCUGAUACAAAAAGAAGAAAAAACAGAAUAAUCACAUGCAUAUAGAGAGUUCUAUCGCAGAGAAGCGUGUAAUUGGUAAAACACAGUUUUCUACUACUACUACUACUGGUGUGGAAUUAACGAUAUCGAUACGAUGUAAGAGCAAAAUCCAAUAAAAACUCUGUUGAAAAAAA